GUUCUCAACCGUUGUGAGAGAGGUCAAAGUUUGUGACUGCUAUUCGUCUUUCUGAGAAAGAUACUGAUAAAAAAAAAAAGGGUGAGAUAACUAAAAAAAACCCUCUUUUUUUAAACCAGCAAAAAUACGUGGAGUUUGUUGGAGAAGAAAUUUGUUGAAAGAACUGGAACUAUUUUUUCAAAUUACUUUUAUCUCAGAACACUAUAAUUAAGGUAAACAUUCAAAAAAAAUUAUUCAUUUGUGGUUAGAAGCCUGCAUUCCUUUGUUAAAUAUACAGCAUAGUCUGAAUGACUUCUAAAUAUCUGUAAUAUAGAGACGUAGUAUAUAUAUAUAGGCUUUUAAACAAAACUGUUAUAAAAAUUGAAGUCAGGAAAUCUGAAAGUUUUUGAAAACUAGUAAAUCAGAUUAUUCUUUCUUUGUGAACAUUUUAUUUGUUACCUUUUGAAAGUAUUUGGUGUAAAAAUUAAAAAAAUAGGAAACAUUGCUCUUUGCUUUACUACAUUCAAAUGAUUUUGAAAGUUAAAUCAAUUGUGUAUUGAAAGAUAAAAAUUAGAAAAACUAUUCUUUCUAUAGAGAAAUUUCUGGAACAUUCUGUUAAAGACAUUUAUAACGAUAUAUAUUCUUGUUAAUAUCUUUCUAAAAAAGAAUUUUCUUCACUGUGAGCUAACGACAUCUCAUGCUUGAGAAACAUUUCAUAAAAUAUGGUAUUUUAUAGACAGAUUAUCAUAUUAAAUAUUAUUCUUCUGGAACGAAAUCACUGUGAUUAAGGCUAAUAAGCUUAAAAAUAACUAGUACUGUAGAUAUGGAGUACGAAAAUUACAUCGGAAAUCAAUUCGAAUUUGACGGAACUGAAAAUAUUCCUGACACAUUUUCCUUCAUUAAAGUUUCAACUACUCCUAGUACCCUAUCAGAAAUUUCAACUGCGAAACUGGAAGGAGCUCAACUGUUAAAAGCUCAGACUCCAGAAGAAAGAUCAACAUCGACAAUUCUAGCCCAGUUAUAUGCCCAUCAACAUCUUGUAGCCAUUUUAUGCACUUCCUUUGCCGUCUUACUUCUAAUCGCUGCAAGUUACUCUAUCUACCGAAAGAAGAGACGACGAAGAAGUUUGUAUCAACCAUUUCUGGGUCUACAUGCUAGUGUUCCUAAAAUUUCGAAGCCUAUCGAUCCAAUAGUAUAUAACUAUGUCUGCACUCAAAAACCUGUGGACUUCGUGGUACCAAGUGCACCGGCUACCAACGCCCCUCCUAGUCCUGUAGACCCCCCAGCUGUGACAGCAUCUUCUCUUGAGAGUGCCGGCGCACUGUGCACCAAGCUAUCCCUUCUAGAAGCAGGACCAACAUUGCUUGGAGGAUUAAAUCCAGAUUUGUAUAAGUCCAUUCCUGAAAUAGCUCCAGAAGAAGAAAACUUUCCUGAAGGCCAUCGAGGUCGACUGUGGUUCGCCCUCGAGUAUGACGUCACAACUGAAAGACUUAUUGUUCGCGUCAUCAAAGCCAAAAAUUUACCAAGUCGUGUCUAUGGAGCAGCGAACUGUUGCGACCCAUUUGUAAGAAUUUACUUGAUGCCAGAUGAAAGACGUUAUUUGCAGUCCAGACCAAAAAAGAAGACAUGCAAUCCUAAAUUCGAUGAAACAUUUCUCUUUCAGCUUCCAAGUCGUUCUAUGUCAGAAAGAACUCUGAAGUUCACAGUUUUUGACAACGACAGAGGUAAGCACCAUAACCCAAUCGGGCACGUCCUGAUUCCGCUUGAGGAGUUCUUUGAAUCUGAGCAGAAUGAUAAAGUGCAGUGGAGAGAUUUGGAAAAAAAAGAGACUCAGGUACCAAGUGACAUCGGCGAGAUGAUGAUCAGUUUGUGCUAUAAUCAAAAUCUCGAGCGCCUAAUUGUGACUGUCUGUGAAGCUAGAGGACUUCGUUUACCAGAGAGAUGUAAAACCCUUGAUUCGUUUGUGAGGAUCAUAUUCAUGCGUGAGAACAAAGUGGUGAAAACAAAGAAAACUAUGGUUUGCAAGAACAGCUGCGACCCUAAAUACAACGAGUCCUUCCACUUCAAAAUGUCGCAAAACUCAGUGAAUCUUUGCAGCAUAACACUACAGAUAAUGCAAGCAGGAGUGAAAGAAAAAGAUCGCUGCCUUGGUAGAGUAGUCGUUGGCCCAUACAUGUUCUCCAGAGGAAAAGGUCUAGAACAUUGGGACGAGGCUAUGACAGCUGGUCACAAGCAGAUUAGGUACUGGCACAAACUCACCUGAAGUUAUAGACACCUCAUUAAAGAUUUACCGUUGUUUCACAGACAGCAAUUUUAGCUUGGAAGUCGCUGGAUGUAUUCAUCUUUUAUUUGCUUUGAUUGUUUUCUCGUAUUGCUUUUGAAUAACUAUAUCUAACUUAGCUAUAAGUUUGUAUAAAGAUAAUAUCUUUAAAAAUAUUGACUAUCUUAAGGCUCAAGUUAUUGGAAAGUUAUAUUCUAUUAGUAACUUAAUGGAUAUAAUAUUGAUUAAUAAUUAUACACUGCUAUUGUUUUCUAGUGAUAACUAUGUUAUUGAAAUAAAGAAUGAAUAAUAAUAAUAUUUUUAAAAUAUUCAUCAUACUAAUGUUAUUAAAAUAAAGUCACGGAUUCUUAUCUCAUUUAAAGGAGGUUAAAUUCAAUUUAAAAAACAGGCUCAUUAAUGUUUCCAUUUAAUUUCUCUCAAAUGAUGUCUCGGUAAUAUUUGCUUAUAUACCGAGCAAAUAUUACCUCAGUUUGGUAAUAUUUGACCAAAUUACCAAAUUGAUCAUUACUAGUCAAACAUCCCAAGACUAGUAGCAAUUUUAUAUUUCCCAUAUUACUUCCAGACAUUAAUCAGGUAUUUUUUAAAUAUGUUUCGUUACAACUAAAGACUAAAUUUUAUACUUGAAUUUUAUUUGCAGUACUUUGUAUCGGAACUUAUAGUGAAAAUAAUAAAUUUUAAUCGGAUUUAUCGCUGAUAGUAUUUAAUUAGGGUGUUGGUGUAUUUAAUUAUGGCAAAGCACACUAGGGCUAUCUGCCUAAGGGGAGGGAUGCCUUUUCGUGGAGGACUUUCUAAGGGAAACUGGCUCGUAUACACGUUACACAUGGGGAAAACCACGAAAACACCCAUGCAGCCAGCCCCGUUCGCGGGAUUCGAACCUCGGACCGAACUACCAGUGUUCAGCGACAUUAUCGCUCGGCCGCUGGUGGGCCUAUUUAAUUAGGGAAAAAAGCUUUCAAACAGUUGUUUAUAUUUAUCAUGAUCUCAGAAAAAAUAAGUAAGUGCAGUUUUUGAUGUAAAUAAUUUCAUUCGUUUUAUACUCUUUGAAUAGCUUUCAUUUUUUUUAAUUGAUGAGAUGCUAGUAAUGUAAUAAAGUAUUAAAAUUCAAUUUUUAAACAUUAUGGAAAGGAAUAAUUUUGAAAAUUUUACAAUCGCAUAACUCAAGUCCUUAAAUUUGCACUUUAUUGUUAAUUUUUGUGGAAUGUCACACAAAUCAAGGUUAUUAUAAAACACCUGCCAAAUCUAAAUCAAACGCAAAUGUCGAUUUCUGCUCAUUAAUGUUUUAUGAAAAAUAAUUGUGUACUAAAACCAUUUUAUAAUAGAAAUGCACAGGUAAUAAAUGCAUAAGUGGAUAUAAUAUUAAAAAUUGUUAUGUGAAGUUAUUAACAUUACUCCAACAUCAUUCUUUAAAUUUUACUUAAUUCAAAAUGGAAAUUUUUUAGAAGAUAAUUAAUUAAAAAAUGUUUAUUUAUUAGAGUUUAGAUUAUUUUUGAUAAAAAUAUUUUGCUUAAUGAAAGGUAAUGCAUUUGAAUGAUACGAUAUGUGAUUCAACCUUUAAAAAAAGGGUCUAGUUAAUGAUUUGAAGGGCAAGGUGUGUAUAGUUGUUGCAUCACCAACCAAAACGACUGCGAAACAAAAACAACGUCUUUUCUUGUCUUUGAGUGCUUCGAAUAGAGGAUGUUAAGUAAACGUUUUUUGUACCUUAUAUUUAAAAAGUAUCAUAAAUAACAUUUAAAUACACUUGUUCUCUUGGAAAAAUUUUUUUUUUCCAAAAAUGUUUGAAUAUGAUUUCGAAAUUAAAACAAACUUUAUUACAUGUUAGCAACAGCACACGUGCCAACUUAAAUCCUAUAUAAGGCAAAAAAAAAAAAAAAAAAAAAAAAAAAAAAAAAAAAA